GGCUCCCGUCGUCUGCCCAAGUCUCAACUCAGCGCAUUGGCCGGCGACUCGCUGGUCUGGAGCCCCCGCCCGCCGGGUCCCUGACCCCGCGCCCCGUCGCGCCCGAUUCCCGGCAUGCCCCGCGCCCGAAAAGGCAGCGCGCCCCGCAGAGGCGGCCAGCGCAGCGGAGGAGGUGCCCGGAGCAGUACCCAAGCUGACUCAGGUUCCAGUGAGGAUGAGGCAGCCAGUGAGGCCCGCAGCACCACCAGUGAAUGUCCCAGCCUUCUUAGCACCGCAGCAGAGGAAAGCUUUGGGGGGGAUGCCGUGGAUGAGCAGGGUCAGCAGGAAGACCUUGAGGAGAAGUUGAAGGAAUAUGUGGACUGCCUCACAGACAAGAGUGCCAAGACCCGGCAGGGUGCUCUUGAGAGCCUGCGUCUGGCCCUAGCAGCACACUUACUCCCCGACUUCUUGCUGGAGCGCCGCCUCACACUGGCUGAUGCCUUGGAAAAGUGCCUCAAGAAAGGGAAGGGCGAGGAACAGGCCCUUGCCGCUGCUGUGCUAGGCCUGCUGUGCAUUCAGCUGGGCCCUGGACCCAAGGGUGAGGAGUUAUUCCACAGCCUGCAGCCCCUGCUGUUCUCUGUGCUCAGUGACAGCACAGCUAGCCCGGCUGCCCGGCUCCACGUGAGUGUUCCUUGCCCUGUAACAGCCUUCCUUCACCUAAUCCCUAAGCAGAGACAUGGGUUCCACCUGCCUCCAGGCUCCCCUGCUCCAAGGGUGAGCCCCGUGGCUGGGAACCCAGGCUCACCCUCUGACCACAGCCUGGCUUUGCCCUCCUCCCAGCAGUGCGCUUCUGCUCUUGGCCUGGGCUGCUACGUGGCUGCCGCCGAUGUACAGGACCUGGUCUCCUGCCUCACCUGCUUGGAAGGCGUUUUCAGCCGGUCCUGUGGUGUGGGUGGCUCCACAGCCCCUGUGGUCCCUGUCAGCCUGCAGGGCUUGCUCUGUGCUGCCCUGAAGGCCUGGGCCUUGCUAGUCACCAUCUGCCCCAGCGCCCAUAUCAGCCGCAUCCUGGACAGGCAGCUGCCCUGGCUGCCCCAGCUCUUGUCCAGUGAAAGUGUGAACCUGCGGAUGGCUGCCGGUGAGACCAUCGCAUUGCUUUUUGAGCUCACCCGGGACCUUGAGGAGGACUUUGUUUACAAGGACAUGGAGGCCCUCUGCGGCACGCUGCGCACUCUGGCCACUGACAGCAACAAGUAUCGGGCCAAGGCUGACCGCCGGCGCCAACGCUCUACCUUCCGGGCCGUGCUGCACUUUGUCGAGGGCGGCGAGUGUGAGGAGGAGACAGUCCGCUUCGGGCUUGAGGUGCUCUAUGUGGACAGCUGGGCUCGGCGCCGGGUCUACGCUGCCUUCAAGGACGCGCUGGGUUCCGGCAUGCACCACCACCUCCAGAACAACGAGCUACUCCGUGACAUCUUUGGUCUGGGCCCUGUGCUGGUGCUGGAUGCCACUGCCCUGAAGGCCUGCAAAAUCUCACGUUUUGAGAAGCACCUGUACAACGCUGCUGCCUUCAAAGCCAGGACCAAGGCGCGCAGCCGCGUGCGGGACAAGCGGGCAGACAUCCUGUGAGGACCAGCCGAAGAGGAGACUGUCUACAUCCUUGCCCGUAUUUUUAACAGAAGACAGUGCAAUACCUGGUCCCUGCCAGGCAUUGUCGCUUUAUUUUUUUAAUGACAAAACCAAAAACAGACAUGGGGGUGGGUGGCUGGAGGCCAGGCCACUUGGGACCUUCGCGCUUUGCCCCUGCGCCAGCCCUGUCUCAGGGCUGUGGGGCAGGCAGAAGAGGGCUGUCCCUUUCUCAGGCCUUGCUCCCCUGGGAUGACCCACUUUCUUGGGGGGGAGGUGAUUGAUAGUAUCUGGACAACUGCCACUACAACAUGUGGGGAGGUGAGGCUACCUGGAGUGGAUUUAUAUGCUGAGUUUUAAAGAUUUUAGAGAUAAUUAAACAAUGUGCAACCUUCUGUG